AUGAACAAAUUUACAGUAUCAUUUGCUGUUAUUGUUAGCAUUCAUCUACUACUAGUUAUUACACAAUUGAAUGGUUUAAAUAUCAAUAGCAAUGGUGAACAAAUACGUGUACGUCGGGAUGCUCAUGCUGCUGCGGAUGGUAAUCAACAUCACUUUGUAUUCGAACCAUCAUUCAUGGGUCAUAUAGGAAAACGUGAUCGAUUUGUAUUUCGUGAUGCCCAAUAUCAAGGGCCUAAUCAGGAUGAUGCUGAUGAUACAUGGACCUACAACAGCGGACUGGAUAAAAGGAAUUGGAGAUUGUAA